GACAAACAGAGGAUCCGGACCAGAUCAGAGUCAGACUGAAGCAGCGAUGGAGGUCAGACUGAGCCCGUUCCUGUGCAGCGGAGAGGAAAACAUCUGACGGGAUGGACGCGCUCUGCUGACGUUUACACCUCAAACUGAAUUCAAACAACGGCUGCGCGUUUUCUCUCUGUUUUUCCUGCACAGACACAAACACCGAGUCUGUCCCGCAACCUCGGACCGUCCGUUUGUGAAGUCCUGGAGUGGCGCUGUGAAGUUUGAGUCACUUUUUGGAGGAAGUUUUUUUCUCUGAGGGGGUGAAGAGCUGUGAGAGAGAGAUGUCCGAGCCAGAGAAGAGCGAAAACAUUCCUGAUGAGUCUGCAGGAAAAGGAAAGGAAAUUCCUAACGGAGGGAAUCCUGCAAAAACCAAAGAGGAUUUCGACCUGGCUGCUGUCUACGUGUCGGACGCUCAGUACAACAGAAACAUCUACUUCGACACGUCGCCUCAGGCGGUGAGACUGUAUCUGCUCUACAACCACUGGCUGUCUAAGGUUCUCCUCUACUUCUUCAUCCUGCUCGAUCUGUCUCUGGCCAUCUUUGAGGAGCCGGCCGUCUUCUCUCUGCCCAUCUGGGCCACCAUGUUGGUGGAGCUGCUCUGUCUGCUGGCCUUCACCAUUCGCCUGGUUCACUACGCCAAGGUGAUCCCUCGAGACAAGUUCUGGAAAGACCCCAAAAACAUCUGCAUCAUCGUCACCCUCAUGCUCACUCUGGUUGAUAUGAUCAUCUACGGAGCGCUGAAAGCUACAAACUGCUACGGCGUCCGCUGGUCCAGAGUCCUGCGGCCGCUCCUAUUGAUCAAUGUCACAGAGGGACGGCAGCUCCGCAGAGCGUUCAGAAGCAUCCGGAACGCGCUGCCUCAGAUCUUCUACGUCUUCCUGCUCUUCAUGUUCAGCGUCCUCAUCUUCUCCCUCAUGGCUCUGAAACUGCUGGGCAAACGAGGUCUGAAGACCAUAGACGGAGCGCCGUACUUCACCAACUACCUGGAGAUCGUCUUCGACCUGUACGUCCUCGUCACCACGGCCAACAGCCCCGACGUCAUGAUGCCGGCGUACAACGCCAGCUUCGUCUUCGCCAUCUUCUUCAUCGUGUACAUCCUCAUCAACACCUACAUCUUCAUGUCCGUCUUCUUGGCCGUCGUCUACAACAACUACAAGAAAUACCUGAAGGAGGAGGUACGGCAGCUGGUGAGGGCCAAAAGGCACAAGAUGGCGCGAGCGUUUGCCGUUCUGCAGGAGCAGAGGGAGGAGGGCGGCGAGCUGGUGGUGACACAGGCCAACUGGAACCAGGUGGUCCGACUGGUCCGGCCCGACAUCAGUAACGCCCACAGAGAGCUGCUGUGGAGCGUCUCAGACGAUAAGAACCAGGGCUCCAUCGGUAAGGUGGCGUUCGUCCAGCUGGCCGACCUCCUGAACAUCGAGGUGAUCACACUCAAGUCGAGACCGCACCCUCUUCACAGUCUGUGCCCCGCCUUCUACCUGUCGGCCCCCAGCCGCCUGCUCUGCCGGAUCGUCCAACACCGGGCCUUUGUGAUAGUGUACGACCUGAUCAUCCUGGUGAACGCCGUCUUCAUCGGCCUGGACGAGGAGAAUCCGAUGAUCGCUAACUCGGAGUGGGUUUUCCUGGCUCUCUACCUGCUGGAGAUCCUGCUGAAGCUCUACGUGUUCGAGCCCAGAGCGUUCUUCUCCAGACACAGCUUCUGGAACUGCUUAUCCACAUCCCAGAUUAUAAGUACGAGGUUCGACACCAUCAUCGUUAUCUCUGCUCUCAUCGCCACAAUCGUCAACUCCGCCAUGAAAUCAUCGGGAGGUUACACCAGCCGACAGAUCCUGGACAUUGUCUUCAUCCUGCGAGUCCUCAGACUGAUCCGGGUGGUGGACAGCAUCCAGAGGUUUCGCGCGAUCAUCAACACCCUGAUCAGGAUCGGACCGAUGAUCCUCACAUUCGGACAGCUCAUCAUUGUGGUGUACUACGUCUUUGCCAUGUUGGGGAUGGAGCUGUUCAAAGGGAAGGUGAAGUUUUUCGAGGACCCCAACGACCCGGCGAAGGCGUACUGCGGGAACCCUCUGCUGAAAGACACGGCCUUCGCUCAGCUCAACUACUGCAAGAACAACUUCAACAACGUGGUGUCGUCCUUCAUCCUGCUGUUGGAGCUGACGGUGGUCAACCAGUGGCACGUUCUCAGCAGCGGCUUCGCCACCGUCACCCACAUAUCCGCCAGGAUCUUCUUCGUCCUCUUCCACAUCUUGGUCGUCAUCGUCAUCAUCAACAUCUUCGUGGCGUUCGUCCUGGAGGCGUUCUUCGUGGAGUACUCGGUGGAUAAGAGCGACCUGCAGACGUCUCUGGAGAGGAAGAUCGAGGAGCUGGAGCUGGCUGUGGAGCAGGAGAAGAUGGAGGACAACCUGGUGAACGCCAUGGAAACCAUCGACAACGACCUGGGAACUGGCCAAUCACCGACGGCGAACAAACCCUCACUGAUGUUUAAAAUCGCUUCAAAAAGAUAUCGGACGGUGGACGCCUUGUUGCAGCGGAUGUUUGAGGCCGAUCUCGACCCUGAAGACUUCGCCGAGAACGACGAUCAGAACGGGAACUUUGCGAACCCGACGUUCAGCUCUGUAUAGACAUUUAUGUACAAAUAUCUAUAUAUAUAGAUAUAUAUGAAGGGAACCAGAUUCAGUCAUUUAUACAGUUUUAAACUCUGUAUCACCUCCUCGCACCAGAUUUGUUUCAGUCUCAUGUUUAUUCAGUGCAGUCGUCUGGUCAUAAUCUGAGAAUCAUAUCAGUUUUAUAUUUUUAUAUUUCUGUCCUGUAGCUAUCCAUAUUAGUAUUUUUCACAUAAAGAAUAUUUACACUGA